UCAUAAUCCUGUUCCAUAUUACUACCGAAUAGUAUAGCGCAAGCGGCGAAACCAGAAAGAACGUCCGACUCUCGUUAUCCCAGGACCAUCACCCUUCGAGCCCGCGGUACGACCGUCGAUUGCGAGCUAUUAAUGAAUUCCCGGAGCCAAUAAGACGAUAUUCGGUGACGUUGAUUCGAGAACGCAAACAUGAACAUAACCAACACCGACCCCGCGAAUGGGAUCAAUUACUUCGACCCUCGCGCUGCCCCACCGCAGCUUGUGAACCCGCCAGGACGGAUGUUUGGCUCGUUCUCGGAUGGCAGUCCGAUCGCGCCAAACCUCCCCCAGCAUUUCCUCGCCGACGAUAUGGUAUUGGGCGGCGAUGAUGGUACGGAACAUCCCGAUGCGAAAAGGAGAAGGAUAGCGAGGGCGUGCGACAUGUGUCGGAAGAAGAAAAUCAAGUGCGACGGAAGGAUGCCGGCUUGUACUCAUUGCCAGAACUACAAGACCGAAUGCAUCUUCACACAAGUGGAGAAGAAGAGAAAUCCCCCCAAAGGCGCGAAAUACAUCGAAGGCCUCGAAAACCGAUUGGGACGUAUGGAAUCACUUCUUCGACUCUCGGGACUACUAUCCGACGAUGAUGACGGGAGGACCGACCUGGGAACGCUGGAGAAGCGUCUUUCCGAAAAGGCGCAGCAGAGACGGGAGCAGAGCGCAUCCGCACAGGGAGAUCAAACAAGCACGACUGACAGAUUAGAGAAUGGCACCGAUGCCACGAGUCAGCAUAUUAGCUCUCCGGGUAGUGGCAAUACCACUUCGCCCGAACCACAGCGAAGUAGAGAAGAAGAGGUAGAGGCACUAUCGGACAUGAUGUGCUCUUUGGUCACGAACAAUUGCGGCGAAACGCGAUAUAUUGGCUCCUCUUCUGGCUUUUCAAUAUUCUCACCCAAAGGGAUCCAGUGGGUAAACGAGAAGACGGGCGACCACUCCUUCCAAGACAUGAUCACCAACGCUGCCAUCGACGACAACAAAUGGAUCCACUGGAAAUCCGACGUCUUCCGAGACAUCUUCCAACGGCGCGUCUUCAGGCCUCUGCCGUCCAAAAACGAAGCGCUCUCGCUCCUCAAGGAUUAUUUCGAGAACUUCAACUGCAUGUUCCCCCUCUUCCAUGAACCGACCUUCAUGCAUUUGGUCGACAAGCAUUAUUCCCGGGAACCGUAUGAGGGAAGCGGUUGGUGGGCGAGUUUGAAUAUCGCCUUGGCUAUUGGUCACCGGUUACGCGUCGUGAGCAAUCUUGUCCCGCAGGAAGAAGAUCAGAAGGCGUGGGGGUAUUUGAAGAAUGCGUUGGCGGUUCAAACGGAGUUGACGAUGCGGAAUACGGACUUGCUGAGCAUCCAAGCGCUGCUCGGAAUGGCCCUGUUCUUGCAAGGCACACCGAAUCCUCAGCCUUCGUUCUUCCUCGUCGCUGCUGCUAUUCGGCUCUCCCACAGCAUCGGAUUACACAAGCGGGGAUCAGGCUUCGGUCUAAACCGAGACGAAAUUGAGCAACGAAAACGUGUAUUUUGGAUUGGCUAUAUGCUCGAUCGAGAUAUCUGCUUACGAUCCGGACGGCCUCCUAUUCAGGACGAUGACGACAUGAACGUCGAACUUCCAUCAGAAGACCCGCCAGACAACGUCGGAAACAUUCCCCUUGCCGACGGGAAAGGCAAGAUUAAUCUAUUCCGCCUAAUGUGUACCUUUGCGGCCAUUGCGUCCAAAGUGUACAAGAAUCUCUACUCCGUCAAAGCCACGAAGCAGUCCGACGGAGAGCUCUUGAACACGAUUGGCGAGCUGGACCGAGAAUUGGAAGAGUGGAAAGACGGCAUUCCGAUCGAUUUCCGACCCGAACAUGAAAUCCGCGCAUCGCAUACGCCGUUAAUACUCCACGUUGUGGUCUUGCAUUUUGCGUACUAUAAUUGUCUAACCACGAUUCAUCGGAUGAGCAUACAUCAUGGGUAUUGGACGAGCAGACUAAGCAAUUAUGCCAUCCAAGGCUUGAAUGCGCGUCCGCUCAACCCGAGAGUCUUCAGCUCCGCUGCACUAUGCGUGAGUGCUGCUCGAGCAAGCAUUCAUCUCAUCAAGUACAUCCCGCACGGUGAUUGUGCCUGCGUCUGGCUUGUUAUCUACUACCCCGUUUCCGCCCUUGUCACCCUCUUCGCCAACGUCCUCCAAAACCCCCAAGACACUCGCGCCCGCUCCGACCUCAAACUCAUGAACCUCGUCGUCACCUUCCUCAGCGCUCUAUGCUCCGACGAAGAAAACUCCUCCGUCCGCCGCAUGCUCUCCGUCUGCGCCGAAUUCGAACGCAUCUCCAACGUCGUCAUCGAAAAGGCCGAACGUGACCGCGCCGGCAGUCGCAAGCGCAAAGCCACCCAAGACCCUGAUGGUAUGGACAGCACCUCGCGGACCGGAGCCACCACGAAUCAAAACUCCAGCACCCACACCCCCAGCCUCACCGGCAGCGGCACCGCCACCCGCUCCGCCAGCCCGCACUCCCGCCCCCUCUCCAGCUCCCUCCCCACCAACAACAACGAACCGUCCGUGCCUGGCAACAUCCCCAACGUCUUCAGCCCCCCCGAGUUCGCCUCGGACUUCACCCUCCCCGCUAUCACCAGCAGCGUCACCGGCGCCGACCAGUGGCCCGGCCUCUCCGCCUUCUCGUCUCCGGCCCCGGGAAAUCCACUCCUCCCAGUAACCCCCAGACCCAGCGGGUUGCGCCCCUCUCCGCAGCCGAAUGGUAGUCGGGGUAGCCCGGGACACCAUGGCAUCGGGCGCAACACGUUAGGGAUGGCGUCGGUGGCGCGGUCGCCUGGUGGGGGCCAGGGGCCGACGUCGGGGGCGUUCAGCGGCGGCGGGGCGGGUGGAGGGGUGUUUGCCGGGGCGGACGGGCUUGCGGCGGAUAUGGGGAACAGUUUCCAGUAUCCGUUCGUGCCGCAGGAUUUGUGGCAGAUGCCGAUGACGUUGGAGUGGGAUUGGGCGGAUUUGACGCAGGGGUAUGGGGAUGUGGGGCAAGGGAUGGGAAUAGGGGGUGUGCAGGGUGAGGGUGGAGGACAGGAUGGGGAUGGGGAUGUAAAAUAGUGGGAUGGGAUAGCGAGAUUGGUUGUUAUAACAGGAAGGAGUGCGGUGAUGUGGAUAUAGAGAUCUAUCAUGAUAUGGCCGAUGGGGGUGUUUUGGAACGACAGAUAUAGGUCCGGAUAUGGAACAUGCCGCUCUCAUCUUGUAUCAGGCUUUCCUGCUUGGUUGUAAAAGCGUGUUCAGCUCUGCUAACGGCCUGAGGUUAAUUGCGUGUAUUCAUAGGCUGUCCAUUUAUAUGUGCGAGUCCACAAUUCGAUUUAUUUGGCAUCAUUUCCUCUAUCGUACCACGUUGUACAUCUACUCCCAAUCAAAGUGGCGAUUCC